AUGGUGUUGUGGAGCGACGAGACCAGUGAGGAUUCAGUCCUGAACAUCUCCUCCUCCUGCGAUGGCAUCAUCAAGCUUCCAGCUACGAUGCACGAUCCGAAUUUCAAUGGCACUGAUGCAGAUGUGAAUGUCUUGUGUGAACACGGUGAGCCGGCCGAGCACUUUGUAGCAUUUGAAGGGAUGCACACGGGCAGGAGGUUUCUUGGAUGUGCUAAGAAGGCAGAGCUUUCAAAGAAAGAGGAGGAGAAGAAGAAACUACAGGAGAACUAUGACAGUUUGUAUGCUGAUGUGAAUUCUCUCUUGGAUGCCCAGCAACAGAGGGGUGUGAAGUUAAACAAUCAGAAGGAGCAGAAGGAAUAUGUUGAUGUGAAGAUUGUUGAGCUUGAGACUGUAGUGGGGAACUUGAAGGCAGAGCUGUCAAAGACAGAGGAGGAGAAGAAGAAGAUGCUGCAAAACUAUGAAACUCUGAAGAACCUGACAUGUGCUCAAGCCAAUGUGAUUAGGAUCUUGAAGUUCAAUCAUUUGAAGGAGAAGGAGAGGCUGACAGAAGAGAGGCUUAAACUGAAGUAUCACAUUUCUGAGCUUCAAAAGUCUGAGGAAAAGAUAAAGUUGAAGCUUCAGGGUGUGAAGGCCAUCUUAGAUGAGUAG